AUGAAGAAUCGGAGAACACACUCUGAACACACUUUAGUUGAUAAGUGCACCAAGAAGAAGUCGUCAGCCAGUUUGUUCGAGCGCAGCACCAUCCUGCUAAAUUCAUACAGCACGAUCUUCAAGAAGACCAUUUACCAUUUGGGAGACGCGGACACCUAUUUCAGGAAGUCGUUGAGAAACUACGACAUCGAUUUCAUUGGAUUCAAGAAAAUACAGAAACUUCAAACUGAGAGAAAAAAGGGGAAAUUACAAUUAGGUCAGGGUGAUUACUCGAAGCACAAGUUAAAGACUGUCGGUUUAAAAGAACUCGAAGAAGAGGAACGAUUUUAUUCCCCAAAGAGCACCGUUGAAAGUGUCUACACGAUGGCCGAUGAAGAGGAAGGAGUGGAUCCUGUUACAGAACCAGAAGCCAUAACAGAGGACGAAGAAGAGGAAGAAGCCGCUGCCGAAGGUGUAGUUGAACCGCCACCUCCAUCUGAACCACCGGAAGCAGAAACUGAAGGAGAAGAAAAUGCAGAAGAUUAUCUAGAAGAAACCGAACAAUUGGUGAAAGAAGCAUCGCGGGAUAUCGAUGCUAUGGAAAAGGAUUUAGAUGAUACAUCAAUCCUGAAAGAAGUCGAAGAAUGUGAGGCUCAGUGCAUGGAAAUCUAUAAAAUUCUCAACGAAUUGAAGACCCGUGUACACGAAUUACUGAGUAAAUCCGAUAGGACAGAACAAGAAGAUCGAGAGUUGGAGAUGAAGCAAAAGCUUCUAAAUGAGAAAAUGGCUCUGCUGGAGCAGAAAACUCGAAGAAUUGAAUUGCUAGUAGGGAAAAGCAAAAAACCGGAUUACGAUAAAAUGUACGAUGAGGAUCAAUUGCCGAAAGUCGUCGUUUGUGGAUUGGCCGAGAAUAACAUGCCAAAAUUCAUAAUUUGCGAUGAUAAAAAACGUCGUUCCGCGAACAAAAAAUCCACAUGCAAUCCGAUCACAGGUCCGACGCCAGAAUGUCCAGCAUCAAAACCCCCUUGUUCCAUACCCUGCCAUCCAUGUGCUCUACCACCGGGCAUGGAUUCGCAGAGGUCUUCAGCGUACCAAGUUGGAAAUAUGAUGCCAAUGCCGCCCAUUGUUAACGUCAUGCCUCAAUUCGCGCAACGGCUCAGCGAGAGCUAUGACAUGCAAGAACGAUUGGCUCAUGAAAACGCCGAUUUGGAAUGUAAAAGGUACAAACUGCAGGAAGAUCUGCUUUGCAAAGACCAAACCGUCGAUUGCCUUCAAAGGCAGCUGACCAGCCUCCAAUCUGAACUUCGUAUGAUAGUUAGGGAAAACGGAUUGCUAAACUCCAAACUACAAGAAGUUCAAAAUUCCGCACCGUGCAUUCCCAAACGUCCACCUUGCGCUCCCCAACCACCGUGUACACCACCAACCUGCACACCCAGACAUCCUCCUUGUUCCGGAGAUAAAGCAGAUAAUCACAGACAACAGAGAAUGCCUUGCGGUAAAGGUAAAGCUCCGUGCCCGGCGCGCACCGAAGAUGAUGAAACCAAAAAAUUGGAGAAGCAACUGAAUGAAAUGGAGGCUGAGGUAAGAGCUAUACAAAAUGAACUAUCGACGGUUCGGCAAGAGAGACUACAUCUGGAGCAGCACAGGAGGAUGCUAUCUCCAAUGACAGCGCCAACACAACCAACUUGUCCAGCGGCUUGUCUCCCACCGUGUCCAAGAUCUCCCGACAAUUCCCAACUGAAGGAGUUGAGAGAACAGUACAAUACCCUGCAAGAUGAUUACAAAUCGAAAUUGUUAGAAGUAUCUGGGUUACGAGCGGACGUCGAUAAGUUGAAAAGUAGCACACAUGAAGCAGUAGAGGCGAAGAAGGCUCUUGAAGCUCGCAUCAAAGAACUAGACAAGGCAUUAAAAGACGCAACUUACACCGAGAAAGGUGUUGGUCUCAAAGAACAACUAGUCGAUAUGGAGCAGCAGAUGAAUGUCGCUAAACAACGAUUCAGACAAGCUCAGGACGAGCUGGAAGAAAUGAGAGCCCUCACCGAGGAACAGCAGUCCCAGUUGGAUGAUUACAGGAAUAAAUACUUAGAAGCGCAGCAGCAAGUGGAGGAGCAAAGGAGGCAAAUAGAUUUAAUGGAAUUGGAGAAUAAUAGGAUUGGUGAACAAGUGAAUUUAGAGAUUCAGAGGGUGAAGAAUCAAUUCCAAGAAAAGUUGCAAGAGUUGACACCCUUGCCCGAUAUUCUAAAAGCGACGCAACUCAAGCUUCAAGAAGCGCAACAAAUGCAUAUGAUGGCGGAGAGGAACAAUGAAGCACUUCUGAGAGAGAUUCAAUCUCUUAGAGAUAAAGCCUCAAUCUAUGCCGAGCAGAUGGAGCAAAGCAGGAGCGAUCAAGCUUUAGGAGAGUCUGAAAAGGAGAUGCUUAAUAGCAAGAACGAAGAGCUUCAAACACGCGUCGACGAACUGAUCGAAGAAAACGAUCAAAUUAGGAAGGAAAUGAUGGACUCCCAAGAGCUCGCCGACGAUGCAGAAAGGCGAGCACAGGAAAAACUCCACGAAAUUGCCCAAUUGACUGCAGAAGUGGAUAACGUUAGGGAAGAGUCAGCGCGUCUGGUUGCCAGAACGAAGGAUCGUUGCGAGACGAUUAGAAGAUCCAUGCAGAACCAAGUUACCGACCUGGAGAAGCAGUUAGUUCAAAGCAGGGCUCAGGCCAAAUCGGCGCAAAGAGAUCGCGAUGAUAUUCGACAGAAAAUGCAGUCGCAGAUCAAUAAUUUGAAUGAGAAUUUCGAAGAUGCUCAAAUGAGGAUCAGGACUUUGCAGGGGCACGUGAAUUUCUUGAAGAGCUCGGCCGCCGUUUAUUCUUCCGUGGAACAGUUACCUUCGUCGAGAAACUAAAUUUCAACAGUCUAUUUAUUUAAAAAC